AUGAGCCGUUGGGAGGGGAGCAGAGAGAGAGAGAUGCAAGAUGCAAGAUGCAAGAUGCAAAAUGGACGAAGGACGAUGGAAGAGGUGUCCAAGGAAGGAAAGAGAGAGGGAGAGGGAGAAGGAGAAAUGGAUGGGGAAAUACUCCCAGUCGGAGAGAAUGGCUGCGACGAGGAAGAGGUCCAAGAUGGGAAAAAGGGAAAGAGAAUGGAAGGGCUGAUGAUGGAAAAAAGCGUCGAAGAUCCCGAAGGCGCCCCUAGUCCCGAUGGUGGGAGGCUUGCAGGUAAGGUAGGAAGCAACGGAUUACCGUCUCGGAAAGAGCAAAUUGCGCGAUACUACUACUACUACUACUACUACUACUACUACUACUACUACUACUACUACUACUACUACUACUACUACUACUACUACUACUACUACUACUACUACUACUACUACUACUACGACUACUACUACUACGGAGGCAGCAACAAGAUGGAAUUAUCUGGAACGGAGCCUAACGAUCUUGAUAAACAUACCCUUGCCACCUAA